CCAAAUACAAGUCCAUGAAUCAACUUCUUCUCUCUCCCCUUUCCGCUCCACUUCGUUCCAGUUAUCUUAUAUUUUCGCUUUCUCGUAUCUCUCAUGGUGAUACGUGAAGCUCUUUUACCCCGGUGCUUUGCCUUGUCUUUUUUCUCUUCUCUUACGUAAAACCCUAACAACGUCUACCCAAACAACACAAACAAGAAAAGAGAAUCAGAAGGUUAUUUUGGUGUAAUUUUAAUUCGUUUUACAUAACCUGCCGCCAUUUUCGUUUCCUGGGAACAGAACAGGGAUCUUCAACCCAGUUUUGAAGCUAUAGUCGAGAAUUAUUAACAAUGACGAUCACUCAACUUAGUAGAAGAAUAAUGUCUGCUGGAUUGACAAGUGAGACUUCUAAAUGGAGAAAGGUUGAAGGUUUGGGAAGGUUGCAUUCAUCAGGGCAGAAAACUGAAGCUCCAAAUUUUUAUGCUGCUAACAGUAAGGGAUUAGAUUAUGUAGAUGGUGCAUGCAAUUGUACCUUGUCUGCAAAAUAUAGAAGCUCAUUGUCACCGUUGGUGAUUCACCACCGAAGUUACUACUCUAAUGUGGUUCGGAGUCAGUUCACCCCCGAUUGCAGUGUGGAUUCUGCUGACUUCGAGGAGACAUGGGCUUUAGGAGAAGAUAAUGACACAAGCAGUUUAAUGGGUGAAACGAAGGAGAGAGUGGAUGAAUCAAAACCUUUGGAUGUCAAGCAAGAGCUUGUACUGCUUUCUUUACCUGCAAUUGCUGGACAGGCAAUUGACCCCUUGGCACUGCUGAUGGAAACAGCCUAUAUUGGUAGAUUAGGCUCUGUGGAAUUAGGUUCAGCUGGUGUUUCCAUGUCAAUUUUCAACAUUAUAUCAAAGCUGUUUAAUAUUCCUCUUCUGAGUGUUGCUACCUCCUUUGUGGCUGAAGAUCUGUCGAAGAAUGCCAGUCAGGACUUGACAUCAGAAAGGGGUAGUCUAAAUGAGAGUUCUGAUGCUAAAGCUUCUGGUGGAGUAGCUGAAAGGAAGCAAUUAUCUUCGGUAUCUACAGCUUUAUUAUUAGCAGUUGGAAUCGGACUGUUCGAGGCCUUGGCAUUGUCACUGGGAUCUGGACUGUUUCUCAGAUUAAUGGGUUUGUCACAGGCAUCGGAAAUGUACAUUCCAGCACAGCAAUUUCUUUCACUGAGAGCUGUUGGCGCCCCAGCUUUUGUAGUGUCUUUGGCUCUUCAAGGCAUUUUUCGUGGUUUCAAGGAUACAAAAACUCCAGUUUUCUGCUUAGGUAUUGGUAAUUUGUUGGCUGCGUUCUUGUUCCCCUUGCUUAUUUAUCAGUUUCGCAUGGGGGUAGCAGGAGCAGCCAUCUCAACUGUUAUCUCUCAAUAUAUUGUUGCUUUUCUCAUGAUCUGGUAUCUAAACGAGAGAGUUGUACUAUUGCCUCCAAAAAUGGGACAGUUGCAGUUUGGUAGCUAUGUAAAAUCAGGUGGCUUUGUUCUUGGAAGGACUCUUGCUGUGCUGAUGACGAUGACACUGGCGACCUCAAUGGCAGCUCGCCAAGGUUCUGUAGCUAUGGCUGCACAUCAGAUAUGCAUGCAAGUAUGGCUGGCUGUAUCUCUUCUUACAGAUGCACUUGCUGCAUCUGGUCAGACCUUGAUUGCAACUUCUGUAUCUAAAGGCGACUUUAAGGGUGUAAAAGAAGUUACCAGUUUUGUUUUGAAGAUUGGAUUGCUCACAGGCAUUUCCUUGGCUGCAAUUUUGGGAUUAUCUUUUAGUUCUUUGGCCACUUUAUUCACCAAAGACGCUGCGGUGUUAGAAAUUGUUAGUACUGGGGUAUUGUUUGUUGGUGCUACUCAACCUAUUACUGCUUUAGCAUUUAUUUUUGACGGUCUCCACUAUGGCAUGUCUGACUUCCCAUAUGCAGCUCGCUCUAUGAUGUUGGUGGGAGCAAUAUCUUCUUUUGUUUUGUUAUAUGCUCCAUCUGUUCUUGGUCUUCGUGGGGUUUGGUUUGGCUUGGCUCUCUUUAUGACAUUGCGAAUGGUGGCAGGAUUUGUUAGACUAUUGUCAACAAGGGGCCCAUGGUGGUUUAUGCAUGGGGACAUCCAGAGAGCCGAGCUAACUCACGGAGACGGGAACAACGUGGAAGUGACUGGAGGACACCAGUCGCCAUUGAAGAAGUCAGGGAGCUUUUCAUGAGAAUUUGCACCUUCGAGAAGAUAGCUUUCUUAGCUGUAGGACAUUCUACUUUCAAUUGGUUGUAGCAAGUACAUAAGAAACAUACCUACAAUAAUUUGUUAUUCAUUGAUUUCGAAAUUAAUUAAUUAUUUCCAAA